AGCGCUGGAGAACAGUUGUCAGGGGAGAAACAAGUGACUUUGAAGUUUUAGAUAUUUUAUAUAAACCGUUUUAGUGUAUGGCAGAAAUCAGAGUCUGUGAGUCCUGACUUUUUAUGGGAAUUUCUUAAAAGGAAACAAGAAGCUGACUGGAAUGCGAGACAAUAUCCUACAUAACAGUGUUCACAUAUCCUAACGCUGCUCGCAUAUCCUACAGGCAGCGACGUAGUUGUCGCAGCAAACCGUUUGAAGGAAUGGCCUUCAUAUCAUAUAUCCGAACAAUUCGUGCAAGAGGUCGGCCGGUUGUCCCUUUAGCUCUUGUCCUCUGCAUCUAUACUUUCGCCAAAUACAAUUUUUCUCGCGACAAUGGUCGCCCAGCGAGUCUUAAUCCUGAAGCUCUGACUUCGAACACAGAAGCUUUUUCCAGUGUUGGUCAGAAUGGGGAGACGCAGACAGCCAGAAAAGAAUUGGUCUUCUUCCUCAUUCAAUGUGAAGGUACACCAACAGCCAACCAGGGGGGAAAUAAGGCAUCUGAUAUCGGUCGUCAGAUUCGUCAGGCCGCUGUAAUGCUGAAGUCAGCGGCCGCUUUGACCUCAACCUUUCUCAGGUUCCUGGUGAUUGCAGAUUCAAAGUCUUUAUACCAGCGGCUGGUGAAUACGACGUCGAACUGGCCUAUCGAGUACCAACAGCGCCUCUCCUUCGAGUACUACAACGUGUGGUACCCUCCGGGACGGGAGGAUAUGCGCAACAUGUUCCGGGUGUGCGCCACGGAGAGGCUCUUCCUGCCGGACAUGUUCCCCGACCUGGACGCGGCCAUUUACAUCGACACCGACCUCGUGUUCCUUCGUCCGCCGGAGGACCUGUGGGCCGAAUUCCGAAAGUUCAACGAUAGGCAAGUGGCUGCGAUGGCACCUUGUCUCUAUCACUAUGGCUCGACAAGGAACAAGAUCCCCUUUUACGGGUCGUCGGGCCUCAACGCAGGUAUCAUGCACAUGAACCUAACGCGCAUGAAGAGCUUCCCGGGAGGUGGCUGGACGCCGGCUGUCAUGAAGGUCUUUGACAAUUUCAGACAAAGGAUCAAAUUGGCUGAUCAAGACAUGCUGAACAUCCUGUUUCAUAAGCAUCCGCAGAAGCUUUAUGAACUGGGGUGCGAGUGGAACUACCGCGUAUGGCAGUGUUCUCAGGGGAGUAACAUGUGCCCUCAGGCAAGCACCAACGGCGUGUCCAUUCUGCAUGGCAACGCCCUUGCUUUCGUCAGCGGUGCGGAAAGGAAAUUACAGGCGGUGUUCGAUGCAUGGGAGCGACAUCAACUAGGAGAUUCACUGCGUGGUCUCUUAACCUCACUCCAGGAGGACCUCGCAGAAGUUAGUAAGAAGGGCUUGCAGUCCAAAUGUGCGAAGAUUUCUAACAUUGAUGCUAUCCUAACUAAGGAGUUUGAGAAACAUGUAUAGGGAAUUUCGGAAGGUAGGCAACAAAAAGCAACAAUGAAUGAGUGAUUAAAGAAAUGGUAUUGAUACUGACUGAUGUUAUGAAAUAAGCAAGGUGUUUAUUUUUUUAAACGAUAAAGUCUUCGAAGUAUUACAUGUUUCGAACUUUAAAGCUUGGACUUUCAUAUAUUUUUUUAAAUCCCACGCUGUGUUGACAAUAUAUUUUAAUAUAAUUAUAUGAUUAAUGUUCUUCCCGUCUAUCUAUUCAGUAGAUUAGGUUCAAAAUAUUAUAUAAUAUUUCUUUAUAUAUACAAUAAAAGUAAAGAUAAUACACAAAAGAACAUAAAGGUAAAAAAAAUAAGCGUGCUACACAGUUUUCACAAAACUUUUGGAGUUAAUACUAUCAGACAAGCAGUUCAAGGUACGUACUGUAAUUACAUCGAUUUAACAUGAUGCCAAAGACUUGCAUGAAAUAUAUAUCCCAUCUCGAUAAACGACAUGCAUAAUCCAAACCACAAGUCAACAUUUCUUCCUUCUAAAUUUCAUCAGUUAUUCAUUCACUUUCGUAUAAACUCUGGAAGACGGUUUUGUCCCUCGUGUAGGCAUUUCUUCCUCGAUUUUUCAGGUUAGUCGGAGUUUUUACCCUCGCGUGUUGAGGUCUUCCGAUAUUUUUCCCUUUAUUUUCACUUGCUGUUGCCGGUCUUCGCUAGAUUUAAACUAUAGCUAUUGAGCCUGCUAACCGUCUCAUUAGAUACUGUGUGAAUGGCUUCAUAGAAUCGAGCAUCUGGCCUAGUAAAUUGUGCAGGUUUAGGCGCUGUAAAAAAAAUAAUAAAUCCAUUGCUGCUACCAUUUUUAUUAUUGUUAAUGUUUAUGUUAAUGUUGUUAUUAGUAUCAUUAUUAUUAUUUUCAUUUUUUUAUA